AUGCCCGGCUUCUCCCAGGCGUCGGAUCUCUCGGCUUGGAAUGCCCUCCAAGACCACCACUCAAAGCUUGGAAAGGACAUUGUCCUAAAGGAGUACUUCAAGAAGGACCCUAAGCGAUUCGAGAAGUUCUCCUUCACCUUCAAGAACGAUGUCGACAACUCCGAGACACUCUUCGACUUCUCGAAGAACUUCAUCACGGACGAGACGCUGAAGCUGCUUGUCGAGCUCGCAAAGGAGGCUGGCCUCGAGAAGCUGCGCGAUGACAUGUUCUCCGGCGACAAGGUUAACUUCACCGAGAAUCGCGCUGUACUGCACGUUGCGCUCCGCAAUGUCUCCAACCAGCCCAUCAAGGUCGAUGGCGAGAGCGUUGUCGAGGGCGUCAACGAGGUGCUCGAGCACAUGAAGGAGUUCACCGAGCAGGUUCGCAGCGGCGAGUGGAAGGGAUACACCGGCAAGAAGAUUAAGACCAUCAUCAACGUUGGUAUCGGUGGCUCCGAUCUCGGCCCAGUCAUGGUCUCUGAAGCUUUGAAGCCAUAUGGCGACCGAAGCCUCACCCUCCACUUUGUUUCCAACAUUGAUGGUACACACAUCGCCGAGGCCCUCAGGGAGUCCGACCCUGAGACCACUCUCUUCCUCAUCGCAUCCAAGACCUUUACAACCGCCGAGACCGUUACCAACGCCAACACCGCGAAGGACUGGUUCCUCAAGAGCGCAAAACAGGAGGACAUUGCCAAGCACUUCGUUGCCCUCUCCACGAACGAGGCUGAGGUAACCAAGUUCGGUAUCGACAAGAAGAACAUGUUCGGUUUCUCCGACUGGGUCGGUGGACGCUACAGUGUAUGGAGUGCCAUCGGUCUGAGCGUUGCCCUCUACAUUGGCUACGAGAACUUCCACCAGUUCCUUGCUGGUGCCCACGCCAUGGACAACCACUUCAGAACUACGCCACUUGAGAAGAACAUUCCAGUGAUCGGCGGUCUGUUGAGCGUCUGGUACUCUGACUUCUUCGGCGCGCAAACUCACCUCGUAUCUCCCUUCGACCAGUACCUACACAGAUUCCCGGCCUACCUCCAGCAACUCUCCAUGGAGUCGAACGGCAAGGCUAUUACUCGCAGCGGCGAUUACGUCAAGUACACUACCGGUCCAAUCCUCUUCGGCGAGCCUGCCACGAACGCUCAGCACUCCUUCUACCAGCUGCUCCACCAGGGCACCAAGCUCAUCCCGACGGAUUUCAUCUUGGCUGCUCAAAGCCACAACCCUGUGGACAACAACAAGCAUCAGAAGAUGCUGGCUUCCAACUUCUUCGCUCAGGCUGAAGCUCUGAUGGUUGGCAAGACCCCUGAAGAAGUUAAGACCGAGGGCGCUGCCGACAACCUCGUGCCCCACAAGACCUUCUUGGGCAACCGACCUACGACCUCUAUCCUUGCCGAUAAGAUUACGCCAGCAACUCUCGGUGCGCUCAUCGUCUACUAUGAGCACCUCACUUUCACCGAGGGUGCCAUUUGGAACAUCAACAGUUUCGACCAGUGGGGCGUCGAACUCGGCAAGUCGCUGGCCAAGAAGAUCCUGACUGAGCUCGAUGACAAGAGCGAGUCUACGGCGCACGACGCUAGCACCAGCGGCCUCAUCAAUGCCUUCAAGAGCAAGGCAUCUUUGUAG